CAACCUCCACUUCUCACCCAUCACACAAUCCUCAAAACAAAAGAAACCCAAAAAAUAAAAAUAAAAACAGAGCAAUCUUUUUUUUAAUUUUUAAACUCGAGAUCUAACUAAAAUGGGUUCAACGGCGGAGACACAGAUAACUCCAGUGCAAGUAACCGAUGACGAAGCUGCCCUUUUCGCCAUGCAGUUAGCGAGUGCCUCGGUUCUUCCGAUGGCUUUAAAAGCGGCUUUAGACCUUGACCUUCUCGAGAUCAUGGCCAAGAACGCUUCUCCCAUGUCUCCGACCGAGAUCGCUUCUCAGCUUCCGACCAAAAACCCCGAAGCUCCUGUCAUGCUCGACCGUAUCCUCCGUCUUCUUACGUCUUACUCAGUCCUUACCUGCUCCAACCGUAAACUUUCCGGCGACAGCGUCGAGCGUAUUUACGGGCUUGGUCCGGUUUGCAAGUACUUGACCAAGAACGAGGAUGGUGUCUCGAUCGCUGCUCUUUGUCUCAUGAACCAAGACAAAGUUCUCAUGGAAAGCUGGUACCAUUUGAAGGAUGCGGUUCUUGAUGGUGGAAUUCCAUUCAACAAGGCUUAUGGCAUGAGCGCGUUCGAGUACCACGGAACUGACCCUAGAUUCAACAAGGUCUUCAACAAUGGAAUGUCUAACCAUUCCACAAUCACCAUGAAGAAGUUACUUGAGACCUAUAAGGGUUUCGAGGGCUUGACUUCUUUGGUUGAUGUUGGUGGUGGCAUUGGUGCUACCCUCAAAAUGAUUGUCUCCAAGUAUCCUAUCCUUAAAGGCAUCAACUUUGAUCUCCCACAUGUCAUCGAUGAUGCUCCUUCUCAUCCCGGAAUUGAACAUGUUGGAGGAGAUAUGUUUGUAAGUGUCCCUAAAGGUGAUGCCAUUUUCAUGAAGUGGAUAUGUCAUGACUGGAGCGACGAACACUGCGUAAAAUUCUUGAAGAACUGCUACGAGGCGCUUCCAGAGGAUGGAAAAGUGAUAUUAGCAGAGUGUAUACUUCCAGAGACACCAGACUCAAGCCUCUCAUCAAAACAAGUAAUCCAUGUCGAUUGCAUUAUGUUGGCUCACAAUCCGGGAGGCAAAGAACGAACUGAGAAAGAGUUUGAGGCUUUAGCCAAAGCAUCAGGCUUCAAGGGCAUCAAAGUUGUCUGCGACGCUUUUGGUGUUAACCUUAUUGAGUUGCUCAAGAAGCUCUAAAACAAAAAUGUCCUUUUAAUGAUGAUUUAUACGUAAACAUGAUAUCAUGUCUACGUAUACUUCUUCACCCACCACCUUAAUUUGUUUUACUCGUGUUAUAUUAUUGUUCUCCACUUCUCCUAUAAACUAUGGUGUUUAAUAAUGGUUUAUCAAGAGUUUGAUUAGAGUUGGCUUUUCUAUCUUCUUAUACAAAUAUCGUACUUUGUAUUCUUGUUUAUGUAAUUAUAAGAAAAAUAAAACAAUGAGCUAUUAUUGAAUCA